AAUAGAGGAAAGCUUGUCCUGCAACAGUCGUUUGGGAGAGAAGGAGGCAUCUUACGUCCUAGUGAAACAUUAUGCCAGUACAUUCAGGCUUCUAAAGCCAGAGAUGGUGCCAGCCCUUUCAUUUCGAGUACGACUGAAGGAGAAAAUUUUGAGCAGACACCAUUGAGACGAACAUUCAAGUCUAAGGUCCUUGCCCGAUAUCCUGAGAAUGUAGAAUGGAAUCCAUUUGACCAAGAUGCAGUGGGAAUGCUAUGCAUGCCCAAAGGGCUAGCAUUCAAGACCCAGGCUGAUCCUAGGGAGCCUCAGUUCCAUGCCUUCAUUAUUACAAGGGAGGAUGGCUCUCGGACAUUUGGGUUUGCCCUCACAUUUUAUGAAGAGGUGACUAGCAAGCAGAUCUGCAGUGCAAUGCAGACCCUCUACCACAUGCACAAUGCUGAAUAUGAUGUCCUUCAUGCCCCCCUUACUGAUGGCCGGGACCAGAGUGGCAUGGAAGAUGGUGAAGGCACUCCUGGGACCAAGCUGCAGCGCUUCAACUCUUAUGACAUCAGCCGGGACACUCUCUACGUCUCUAAGUGCAUCUGCCUCAUCACACCCAUGUCCUUCAUGAAGGCUUGCCGGAGUGUGCUGGAGCAGCUCCAUCAGGCUGUCACUUCACCUCAGCCCCCGCCUCUACCCCUUGAGAGCUACAUAUACAAUGUGCUUUAUGAGGUGCCACUUCCACCUCCUGGUCGGUCCUUGAAGUUUUCUGGGGUCUAUGGGCCGAUAAUCUGCCAGAGACCAAGUACCAAUGAGCUUCCUCUAUUCGACUUUCCUGUCAGAGAGGUCUUUGAACUGCUUGGCGUGGAGAAUGUGUUUCAACUUUUCACUUGUGCCCUUUUGGAGUUUCAAAUCUUGCUCUAUUCACAGCAUUACCAGAGACUGAUGACUGUGGCGGAGACGAUUACAGCUCUCAUGUUUCCUUUCCAGUGGCAGCAUGUCUAUGUCCCUAUUCUCCCGGCUUCUCUCCUGCAUUUCUUAGAUGCGCCUGUUCCCUACCUGAUGGGCUUGCACUCCAAUGGACUGGAUGACCGGUCAAAGCUGGAGCUGCCUCAAGAGGCUAACCUCUGCUUUGUGGAUGUUGACAACCACUUCAUUGAACUGCCAGAGGACCUGCCUCAGUUCCCCAACAAAUUGGAAUUUGUCCAGGAAGUCUCUGAGAUUCUCAUGGCAUUUGGCAUUCCCCCUGAAGGAAACCUUCACUGCAGCGAGAGUGCCUCCAAGCUGAAGAGGCUCCGGGCUUCUGAGCUCGUCUCUGACAAGAGGAAUGGAAAUAUUGCUGGCUCUCCUUUGCAUUCCUAUGAGCUUCUCAAGGAGAAUGAAACUAUUGCCCGGCUCCAAGCCUUGGUGAAGAGGACUGGGGUGAGCUUGGAAAAGUUGGAAGUGCGUGAAGACCCCAGUAGCAAUAAAGAUCUCAAAGUUCAGUGCGAUGAAGAAGAACUCAGGAUUUACCAGCUAAACAUUCAGAUCCGGGAAGUUUUUGCAAAUCGUUUUACUCAGAUGUUUGCAGAUUAUGAAGUGUUUGUCAUUCAACCCAGCCAGGAUAAGGAAUCUUGGUUCACCAACAGGGAGCAGAUGCAAAACUUUGAUAAAGCAUCUUUUCUGUCAGAUCAGCCUGAGCCCUACCUGCCCUUCCUCUCAAGAUUUCUGGAGACCCAGAUGUUUGCUUCUUUCAUUGAUAACAAAAUCAUGUGCCAUGACGAUGAUGAUAAAGACCCUGUACUCCGGGUAUUUGAUUCCCGAGUAGACAAGAUCAGACUGUUGAAUGUUCGGACGCCUACUCUCCGCACCUCCAUGUACCAGAAGUGUACCACUGUAGACGAAGCAGAGAAAGCAAUUGAGCUACGCCUGGCAAAAAUUGACCAUACCGCAAUUCACCCGCAUUUACUUGACAUGAAGAUAGGACAAGGGAAGUAUGAGCCGGGCUUUUUCCCUAAGCUCCAAUCUGAUGUACUUUCUACUGGGCCAGCCAGCAACAAGUGGACAAAAAGGAAUGCCCCUGCCCAAUGGAGGCGGAAAGACCGGCAGAAGCAGCAUACUGAACACCUGCGUUUAGAUAAUGACCAGAGGGAGAAGUACAUCCAGGAAGCCAGGAAUAUGGGCAGCACCAUCCGCCAGCCCAAACUGUCCAACCUCUCUCCGUCAGUUAUUGCUCAGACCAACUGGAAGUUUGUCGAGGGCCUGCUGAAGGAAUGCCGCAACAAGACCAAGAGGAUGCUGGUGGAGAAGAUGGGCCGUGAGGCUGUGGAACUAGGGCAUGGGGAAGUGAACAUCACUGGUGUGGAAGAGAACACUUUGAUCGCCAGCCUCUGUGACCUCCUAGAAAGGAUCUGGAGUCAUGGGCUUCAAGUGAAACAGGGGAAAUCAGCCUUGUGGUCUCACCUGUUACAUUAUCAGGAAAACCGGCAGAGAAAACUUGCAUCAGGAAGCCUCAGUAGCUCAGGGAUACUUCUUGAUUCGGAACGGAGGAAGUCUGAUGCCAGCUCAGUCAUGUCUCCCCUGAGGAUCUCCUUGAUUCAGGAUAUGAGGCAUAUCCAGAACAUUGGGGAAAUCAAGACUGAUGUGGGCAAGGCCAGAGCAUGGGUGCGACUGUCCAUGGAGAAAAAGUUGCUUUCGAGACACCUAAAGCAGCUUCUGUCAGACCAUGAGCUCACCAAAAAGUUGUAUAAGCAGUCCACCCCUGCUGUGGACCUCAGUCUCCCUAUUGGCAGAGAGAAAGAGAGUUCAGUGUGGGAGGAGUUCCUCACCUCCCACAAUGCCUUUUGUGGCUUUUGUCAAACAGUGAUUCCAUACCACAUUCUCAUCGUACCAAGCAAGAAGCUGGGGGGCUCCAUGUUCACUGCCAACCCAUGGAUCUGUAUCGCGGGCGAGCUGGGUGAGACACAUAUCCUGCAGAUUCCCAGGAACGUGCUAGAGAUGACUUUCGAGUGCCAGAACUUGGGGAAGCUUACCACGGUCCAGAUUGGCCACGAUAACUCUGGGCUGUAUGCCAAAUGGCUAGUGGAGUAUGUGAUGGUCAGGAAUGACAUCACAGGACAUACCUAUAAGUUCCCGUGUGGCCGGUGGUUGGGGAAGGGCAUGGAUGAUGGAAGCCUGGAGCGGGUCCUAGUUGGGGAGCUGCUCAUAUCCCUGCCUGAGGUGGAUGAGAGGCCAUGCCGGACCCCGCCACUGCAGCAGUCCCCCAGCGUCAUCCGGAGGCUUGUUACUAUCUCACCCAACAACAAGCCCAAGCUGAACACUGGGCAGAUCCAGGAGUCCAUUGGGGAGGCAGUCAAUGGCAUUGUGAAGCACUUCCAUAAGCCUGAGAAAGAGCGAGGCAGUCUGACGCUGUUGCUUUGUGGAGAGUGUGGGCUUGUCUCAGCCCUGGAACAGGCUUUCCAGCAUGGAUUUAAAUCACCCCGGCUCUUCAAAAAUGUUUUCAUUUGGGAUUUCCUGGAAAAAGCACAAACCUAUUAUGAGACAUUGGAGCAGAAUGAAGUAGUCCCUGAGGAAAACUGGCAUACAAGAGCCCGGAACUUCUGCCGAUUUGUCACUGCAAUCAAUAACACUCCUCGGAACAUUGGCAAGGACGGCAAGUUUCAGAUGCUGGUGUGCUUGGGAGCCAGAGAUCACCUGUUGCACCAUUGGAUCGCCCUGCUGGCCGACUGCCCCAUCACCGCACACAUGUAUGAGGAUGUGGCGCUCAUCAAAGACCACACACUUGUCAAUUCCUUGAUCCGUGUACUGCAGACAUUGCAGGAGUUCAACAUCACACUAGAGACUUCCCUCGUCAAGGGCAUCGACAUCUGACCUCUCAGCACCAGCCAGCAGCAAGACCAGGAAAGACUCUCUGCAGCUCUGCUCUUCUUCCCAAAGGGACCCAAGCGAGUUGUGCAGGGAAUGGAGAGGAGGAGAUGUACACUCAUUGUAAAAAGAAAACUAGAGGAUUUUUGGAAAAAAAUAAUCUAUUUUAGAGUUUAUUUGCCGAUUUGCUUUUUACACACUUUCAUGUGAAAGAGUGAUAGGGAGAGGAAGCGAGGUUGGUGCCGCUUAUUUUGAAGCUGGUGCCCUCCCUGCAUGGCCACGCACCGGGAGCCUGCAGCCUCCUGGACUGAGACUGCGCGGGGCUCUUCCGUUUCCUGGCCCCGUCGUGUUGAUGAGGCCAUUCCACAUCGUUUUUAGACUCAUGUUUUCUAUAUUAACAUUAUUACGGAUAUUUGGCUUUCAUGGGCCACACACAGGUGUGCUGAGCAGGAAGCCCCAUGCUCCACUCAAGGGAUUUUUAGUGGUGCCUCUAAGCACGCACUGAGGAGUCAGCCCCGUGUCAUGUUUUUUGGGUGUUUUGUCUUGUUGUUUUGGUCAGUAUUACUUUGGAAGGCGACAUGUUGGGACGUGUCACAGUGCUGUCACCAUGCAGAAAGGCACGUUUCCUCUUGUCACACAGUUGCACAGAAGUAAACAUAAGCUUAUUUUAACAGAUUUUCUUUUCUUUUCUCUUACACUUUAUUUAUUUAACCCUCCAUUGUGUGUUUUAAGUAUUUCGUUUUUUUGUUUUUUAUUUUUAAGGGAAGGAGAAGCUUGUCACAAUCUAACUGGCUAUGUUAUUCCUGUUAAAUUUAUGUUGUUUUGCAACUUAGAAACCAGCUACAGUAUGGCCCACUUAAUAAAACACCUGAA